AGUGAAAAUGUGCAAGCGUGUACAUUUAUUUGUGUUUGGCUAAGAAAAUGUCCCACUUCCUGUUCAAAUUUGGGUAUUAGACCUUGAGAUUAUUAAUUUUUGGUGACUCUAGUGUCACAGGUGAAUUAUUCAAAUUCAUGUGAGCAGCCAAGUGGACCUUAAAAUGUCAGUUUCACACCAAAAUGGCGAACUUCCUGUUGACGUCAUACAUCUUCCGGUUUAGCACGCGGUCGCCAUUUUGGUUUGGUGAAUUGGCGUAAAGAAACCGGAACUAAGCAGGAAUCGUUUCAGAGAGGCGUAUGAAUGGGUUCGCGCCGCUACGUUAUGGGUUGCUGGUACGAAAGCGGGCGUUGUAAAGCGUCUUUCUUUCGACCGCCGACUGUGAUCGAGAACCAGUGCGAGAAAACGGAGCAGUUGGCGACCAAAUGGCGACAACUGUGGCUGGCUCGUAUCAGCGGAGCCGAGCUAGCAGCCAAGUCAUUCCCUUAUGUCAGGGUUCGCUGGGAGCAUUUUCCCCCUGGUCUUCUCUGCAUUCAUGGUCACAUGAGCAUCAGCCCUGCAGGCCGCAUGCCGCUGAUGGAGGAGCUUGCCACUGACGCCGACAACAUGCCGAAGCGGAUGGCCCUCAUCUGCUUCCUGUCUCUGGUCAUGGCGAUGAGCAUCCUGGGAAACCUGCUGGUCAUGGUGGCCGUCUGCAAGGACAGACAACUCAGGAAAAUCAAGACCAACUACUUCAUCGUGUCGCUGGCGUUCGCCGACCUGCUGGUGUCGCUGCUGGUGAUGCCGUUCGGCGCCAUCGAGCUGGUGCGCCAGCAGUGGAUCUACGGCGAGACCUUCUGCCUGGUGCGCACCUCGCUGGACGUGCUGCUCACCACCGCCUCCAUCAUGCACCUGUGCUGCAUCGCCCUCGACAGGUACUACGCCAUCUGCUGCCAGCCUCUGGUGUACCGCAACAAGAUGACGCCCAUGCGCGUGGCGCUGAUGAUCGGCGGCUGCUGGGUGAUCCCCACCUUCAUCUCCUUCCUGCCCAUCAUGCAAGGGUGGAACGCCAUCGGCAUCGACCACGUGAUCGACGAGCGUCGCCACGCGGAAGGCAGCAACUCGACGUCGUGCGUCUUCAUGGUGAACAAGCCGUACGCGGUGACGUGCUCGGUGGUGGCCUUCUACAUCCCGCUGGUGCUGAUGGUGCUGGCCUACCAGCGGAUCUACGUGACGGCCCGGGCGCACGCCCUCCAGAUCGGCAUGCUGCAGCGGGCGGGCGGCGCGGCGGCCUCCGACUCGGCCGACCAGCAGCGCAACCACCGCAUGCGCACGGAGACCAAGGCGGCCAAGACGCUGUGCGUCAUCAUGGGCUGCUUCUGCCUGUGCUGGGCGCCCUUUUUCGUCACCAACGUGGUGGACCCCUUCGUCGGCUACACGGCGCCCGACAAGCUGUGGGCGGCGUGCCUGUGGCUGGGCUACAUCAAUUCCAUGCUCAACCCCAUCCUCUACGCCUUCCUCAACAAGUCCUUCCGCCGUGCCUUCCUCAUCAUCCUGUGCUGCGGACGCGAGCGCUACCGCCGGCCCUCCGUUCUGGACCCCCGGGCGCCCUGCGCCGCCACGCGCAUCAACGGCUCCGCCCACGUGCUCAAGUAUUCGGCGCUCCACAACGGGAACCACGCGGCGCCGGAGAAGAAAAUGCUACACCAACACGCCGAGUCCUGCUUGUGACGCAGCGUCACCGCACCUCCGCCAAGCACGUACGCGGGAAGGCUGCGCAGCGCAGCGACCUCGCCGACCGGGAGGGACGGCGCCUCGUGGCCGCCGGGUGGACCGAGGCCUAACCCGGAUCUGGUUCUGGCCCCGAUGUGCGAUCUGUCUGCGGUCCCGAACUGAGUAAAUCCCCACUUCUGGAACUUUUGAGGGUGUGACGUUUCUAAAGCUCUGUUCAUUUGAAUAUCCAGCCAUCCAUUUUCUGAGCCGCUUAUCCUCACGAGGGUCGGCGGAGUGCCGGAGCCCACCCCGGCUAUCUUCUGGCAUGAGGCGGGGUACGCCGUGAACUGGUCGCCACCGAAUCGGAGGCGAAGAGAGACAAUCAGUCGCACUCGCAACCACACCUACAAGCAAUUUGGAGUCUCCAAUUAAUUUAAAGUAGUAUUUAAUUUAAUCGUUCAACAUUUACAUAACCCCUUCGUGUGUUUAUGUGUGUGUGUGACAAGAACGUCAUGAGCAAAUAAAAAAUUCACGUGUGACUGUCUGAGCGCUCCCCCUUGCUGAAAAGUCUUCAUGCGCACGCGCGUAUAUUAAUGCGCAUCCCCAUCCAUGCUUCAACGUUUGCCAUUUGACAAUUUGUCGCAGAGCGUUCGUGUUCGCUGCAGACGUCUCAGAAAGACCAACACAGGGAACCUACAGAUAUGUUUAUAUCUUUUGAUCAACUUUUGUUUUAAGGUUAUGGUUAGGGUAUAACCUACGUUAGCUUGCGCUAUGUAGAAGAAGGGGAACUACGAGACCGGGGGAUUUCCCAGUAACCAUCUACUAGGUGCCCAGAGUUCCCCUGUUAGUAACACAUGCGGAUUCCUCACAAGGGGAUUUUUCAGCACGGGGGAGCGCUCAGACCGUCACACCGGCAAAGGUUAACGUGUGUCCGAACGCGCUUCCGCGUUCACGAGCCGUCAACCCUUUCACUAUUUGGGAUUUAUUCCUGAUUGAGAACAGAUCCAGCAAGAAAGUAUUCGUAUCCUGACUUUUAUAGGCUUUCAAACUUUUCUGUGUAAAUCUCGACAACUUGCUCACCAGAUCCACGUGUAGAUCCAGUUGUCCAAUACAAGCGGACGCGGGUUAACGGUCCAAUUUCUUAUCGGCGAAAACAUCGACUUCAGCAUUAAAUACGGGUCCUUUAUGCUGAGUUUAUCUCAUUUUUCCACCUCCCGUCGUUUAUUUUCACCUUCUAAAUGGUUAGCAAAAAUCUGGGCGUCGUGCUACAAGACAUAUUUUUCCGUGUCGUCUCCAACCGACUUAGCAUUGAGCGAUGCUUAGCUAGACCUGCAAUAUGGCGACGUAAACAAAAGUCACGUGAUUUUUUAUGACAUAGGUGCACAAGCUCUAUAUUAGAAUUACUUAUAACAGGACCUGUGUUGUUUGGUUGUUCACUUUUUUUUUUUUAUUGGUCUUUGAUAUCGGGGGGGGGGGGGGAUAUCGGACAAACCAUUGUGCCCAACAUCCUAAUUUUGAUGUGAAGAGCAAAAAAAAAAAAAAAAAGGUGACAAGAUUACACAACUGUUUAACUAGCUAGCAAAACUGUGGGUGAUUGAAGGCGGGGCGUAGCGCUUACUUACGUGACAUCAGUCGUGCUGCGCGUCAAACCAGCUUGGAGGUACAAUGAAAGUUCUUCAAAUAUUAAGACAUCCAUCCAUUUUCUUCGCCGCUUAUCCUCACGAGGGUCGCAGGGUGUGCCAGAGCCUAUCCCCGCUGUCAACAGGCAGGAGGCGGGGUUACACCCUGAACUGGUCGCCAGCCAAUCGCAGGGCACAUAGAGACAAAUAGCCGCACCCACAAUCACACCUAGGGGCAAUUUAGAGUGUCCAAUUAAUGUUGCGUGUUUUUUAAACCCACCCAGGCACGGGGAGAACAUGCAGACUCCGCACAGGCGGGUCCGGGAUUGAACCCGGGACCUCAGAACUGUGAGGCCAACACUUUAUCACCGUGCCGCCUACGCUAAUAAAAUGUCAAUUCAAAAAAAGUAACGACAAAAAAAAUAGACAAUCAGGAAUAGGAAAAUCAAAAUAGUGUGGCAAUAGCGAAAUUGUGCACUUGGCUUUGAAAUGUUUAUUUUGAGUAGACCCACAAAAAAAAAGUCUCCAAAAAAUGUUUUGUAUCAUUUUCAUCAUUCAGACAAUGGAUAGGUUUCCAAUUACGCCAUCUUGUGUGUCAUAGAGGUCAAAGAACACGGGUGAUAGGUGAAGCGUGAAGUUUUUUUCUAUCGUUAAUUUAUCCGAUCGGUCUAAGGGUGGUGGCGACACACAAGAUGGCGUAAAUGGAAACCUAUCCAUUUUUUAAAAAAAAUACUAAUAAAAACUCAAAAAGCCCCCAGAGCCCAUUUAACUUAGCAACAUGAAAUUCGAGUAGAGGUACAAAACAACAUCAAAACGCGACGUCUGAAAGCACAAAGUAGGCCAUUUUGGAUCAUUUUCAUCAUUCACAGUAUAAAAAAAAUAAUAAUAAUUCAGCCCCAGAGCCGAUUUGACAUGUCGACCCACAAAUAGAUCCAUCAAAGCGGACUAGGAUAGAAGAAGAAGCCUAUCAAAAAAACAAAACAAAAACAAAAAAAACCUUUUGAGGAUGACACACUGCAAAAUCUCCCAUAAAGUCCUCCCGGCACUUGGUUGCAGUAAUCCACAUUUUCUUCACUUUUCCCCAUUUCGUGUACUUCCAUGCAGGUGGAUUGUUUUCUUCUCGGUAUGAAUCAUAUUUGGAUUUGUUUCAAGCUGUGAGCUCGACCACGAGUGAAGCACCAGCACUUUGUCGCACACACACAAACACACACGAUCGAAAUUGUUUUCCAUUGAUUUCUUUGCU